GCACAAUCGCGCAGUUUCAUCACACACAUACUUCCAACGCUUCGAUCAAAGCCACGGACAUCUCUGCUUCUGCAGACAAGCACCUCAGCAACUCGGCAACAGCUUAAAAAACAACAGCAACGCAACAUGUCGUCUCUUUGGCACCCGCGCUUCUCCCACAGCGGCUCCAGCACGCCCGGCUUCUCGUCGCUGUUCCGCAUGCUGGAAGACUUUGACCGCUACACCUCGCAGCUGGCCAACCAGGGCAGCACCAGCGUGGCGGCCUUCUCGCCUCGGUUCGACGUCGCCGAGCACGACAAAGAAUACGUCCUGCAGGGCGAGCUGCCCGGCGUGCCACCGUCAAACGUCGAGAUCGAGUUCACGGACGAGCAGACGCUCGUGGUGCGCGGCCGCUCGGAGCGCCAGCACACCGAGGGCGACCCGUCCCUGCUCGAGGGCCCUGCCGAGAAAAAGAAGAUCGAGGGUGAGGGCGGCAGCAAGGAUACGGCUGCGACCAAGGGCAAGGACGAGGGCAAGCCCAAGCCUCGGUACUGGCUGAGCGAGCGGUCUUACGGCGAGUUCUCCCGCGUCUUCACCUUCCCGGCCCCCGUCAACCAGGACAACGUCCAGGCCAAAUUCAAGGACGGCAUCCUGGACAUCGUUGUCCCCAAGGCCGAGAGGAAGAGCGGUCGGAAGAUUACGAUUCAGUAAACGGAUGGGGGAAAGAGGAUAUUGCAUCUGGGAGGAGAAAAACUGCCAUUAGGAGGGAAGUUGCAUUGGGAAGGUUCUACUCCAGGGGACAACAUGGACUUUGUUAUGAAAUUUUUUGAUGGGUUAUGAGGCCGACGUAUUAUCAGGGGAAGUAUGGGAGUGGUAUUAAUUAACACGGGGAGGAUUAAUCAGGGUUAAUGAGAAUUACGAAUAAUGAAAUCGUUCCUUUUUCCCUUUC